AAAUGACAGAGUUAAUUCAUUUUUCUUUUUCGAAAGAGAGUUCAGACAAUUUUUACACUUUCAUGAAAAAAAGCCCUUUAAAUUUAAGAAGUCAAGUUUAGUUAUUCCUACAGUUGUAAUAAUGUUUGACCAUUUGACUUACCCUUCUACAAAAAGACAAUAAUAAAAAAGAAAAAAAAAAAAAGAAAAGAAAGAGAAAAAGUGUCUGAUUAGAAUACGAAGCUUAGGUUGGGUUCGAUUUCGAGAGCAGGAAGCUUAGGUUACGUUUGUUGUCAACUUCUUCCUCAAUUUUUCUUAAUCAAUUCUCUCAAUUUUCUUCAAUCUUUUCCCCAGAUUUUCUCACUGAAACACUCUAAAUUUAGCUCUACUUCUUUCUUAUACUCUAAUUUCUCUCUCCUAAGUUGGUUGAAUUCAUUAAUCUUGAACUGCUGCCUGCUUAUUAGAGUGUUGAAAGCAGUUCUAGAAGGCUUUUGAGCAUCUGAGCAUGCAACUCUCCUUAUUAGAGCUUUUAUCCCUCAUGGACAAAGCUGAUAAAAUUUUAGCUUACAAAGGACAUAAAGAGUGAAGUUUAGCAUUGUCGGAUGAAUACUUUUGAAAGAUGGAUGCAAAAAUAGUUCAUAGUGUGGAAACAGAAGUUCCUGAUUUUUCUGUUGGAGGCAACUCUAGUUUCAAACAAGUUGGAGAGAGAGAAUAUGAAAACAAUGUUGCUUGUAAACAACCCCCUUUGCUAGUCAAGUCAUUUAGUGCAGGCAUAGAUCAAGGAUUGGAAUCUGAACCUGUGGCUGACCUCCUGAAAUAUAGAUCAUGUGAUGAUGUUCUUGAGGUCGACGCAAAUAUAGAGGAUUUGCAGGAAGUAGAAGAACAAGCUGCUAAAAUUGAAGUAGUUGGGCUUUCUGAACAACACGAAAAAGAUCAUAAGUCGAUUCCUGAAAUGAUGGAUUUAAAAGUAGUUUCCGUUGCGAAAACAGAAGUUUCUGGUGUUUCUAUUGGAGACCAUGCUGUUAAUGAACAACUGUCUUUGCUAGUGAAGCCAUCUGUCCACGGACAAGAAUAUGAACCUAAUUCAUCCGUGAUGGAGGUCUUGGAACAUAGAGCCACAGUUGAUCAUCAUAAGGUUGACUCAGAGAUGGAAGAUGUAAAGGAAGUGCUAGAACAAGCUGUAGAUACUGAAGCAGUUGAGUUGCCUAAAGAACAAGAAGUAAAUAAGGAGCUGCUUUCUGAAAUGAUGGAUGCAAAAGCAGCUCCUAUUGUGGAAAAAGACGUUCCUGAUGAUACUAUUGGAGGCAGCAUGGACUUAGAUUCUGAUGCCAAGCAAGUUGGGGUUAGAGAAUAUGGAGACAAUACAGGUGAUGAAAAACCACAUUCAUCAGUCAAAUCAUUUGAUGAAGCUGUAGAUCACGGACCAGAAUGUGAAUCUAGCCUCUUAGUGGCUGAGCACCAGGAAUAUAGAACGACAGUUGAUUUUCAUGAAGUUGACUCAGAGAUGGUGGUUUUGGAGAAAGUGCAAAAACAAGCUGCUGAUACUGAAGCAUUUGUGUUGCCCAAAGAGCAUGAAGUAGAUCGAAUACUGAUAUCUGAAACGGUGGAAGCAAAAAAUGUUGAAGUAGUUCCUGAUGUCUCUCUUGAUGGCAGCCUGUAUUUGGAUCCUUGUCCUGGUCAAGCUGGAGAUAGAAAAAACAGAGCCCUUCCUACACCUGAACAACCACCUAUACCCGUGAAUUCAUUUGAUAAAGGUGCAGAUUAUGGACUAGAAGAUGAAGCAGGCUCUUCAGUGGCUGAGAACCUGGAAUAUAGGGCGACUGAUGAUUUACGUGAGGUUGACGUGGUGAUCGAGGAUGUUAAGGAAAUGGAAGAACAAGCUGCCAAUACCACAUUGCCAAAGGAACAAGAUGUAGACAGGGAACUUGUUUCUGGUAAUAGGGAUGCAGAAGUAGUUCACGCUGUGGAAAAAGAAGUUCCAGAUGUUUCUAUUAGUGGCAACCUGGACUUGGAUUCUGGUCCCAGACAAGCUGAAGAUAGAAGUAAUGGAGAACUACCAUCUUUUUCAAUCAAUUCAAUUAAUAAAGAUUUAGAUCAUGGACAGGAACAUGAAUCAAGCUCUUCAAUUGCCAGGCACUUAGAACAUAUAACAACAGGUAACAUUGGCGAGGUUGACUCAGAUGUUGAAAACAUUAAGAAUGUGCAAGGACAAGCUGCCGUUAUGGAAGUAGUCGAGUCUCCUAAACAACAAAAUGUAAACCAGGAUCUGGUUUGUGAAAACGUGGAAGUAAAAGUUCCAAUUUUGGAACCAGAUAUUUCUAACGUAUCCAAUGGAGGCAGCUCAGUGGCAGGCGUGGAUACCGGUGUCAGGCAAGUUAGAGAAUGUGAAGGUAAUACUGCUUAUGAACAACCAGCUUUGCAAGUUAAUUCAAUUUGUAAAGGUGUAAAUCAAAUUCCAGACUCUCCAGUGGCUGAACUCCUGGAACAUAGAGCAACAGGUGACAUUCCUGAGCUUGACAUAAACAUGAAGAAUGCUAAAGAAAUACGACAACAAAUUGCUGGUGUGGAAGCAAUAUUGCCCGACAAACAAGAAGAAGAUUGUGAGGUGCUUUGCAAAAAGAUGGAUGCAGAAAUUGCUUCUAUUAAGGAAUCAGAAGUUCCCAAUGUUUCCAUUGGAGGCAGCCCAGCGACAAACUUCAAUUCUGGUCUCGGACAAGUUAGAGAUGGAGAAUUUGGAGACCAUGCUUUUGUUGAACAGCAAUCUUUGCCUAUCAAGUCAUUUGUUGAAGGUGGAGAUAACGGACUGGAAUAUGAAGCAGACUCCUUAUUGGAUGAGAACAUGGAGCAUGUACCAUUAGGCGAAGUUCAUGAGGUUGACACAAACACACAUUAUGUACAGGAGGUGCAAGAGCAAGCUGCCAAUGCUGAAGCAAUUGAGUUGCCUGAAGAACAAGAAUUAGAUCAGGAUUUGGUUUCUGAAAAUAUGGAAACUAAUGUAGCUCUUGAGGAACCAGAAGUUCCUGACGUUUGUGUUGGAGGUAGCCCAGGGGUAGAUUUGGAUUAUGGUCCUAUACAAAUUGGAGAUAGAGAAUAUGAAGAUGAUGUUUCUUGUGAACAUUCUAGUCCUAUACAAGUUGGAGAUACAGAGUAUGGAGACGAUGCUGCUUCUGAACAACCACCUUUGCCUGUCAAGUCAUUUGUUAAAGGUGUAGAUCAAGGACUGGAAUAUGAACCAGACUCAUCAGUGACUGACCACCUGGAACAUAUGGCAACAGGUGAUGUUCUUGAGGUCGAAACAAACGUAGAGGAUGUACAGGAAGUGCAAGAACAAGCUGCCAGUAAUGAAGCAGACGAGUCAUCUGAGGAACAAGAAGAUCAGGAGCUGAUUUCUCAUUCAGCAAAGCUUCGGCGCAAAGAAGAAAAGAAUGGUAAACGUUCAUCUUUAAAAUCUGGAAGCUUGACAAAAGAUUGCCGUGUUAGCUAUCAGCUACCCCCAGAAGUUGAAGGUGAUUUUGCAGUCUUUGACUUGGUAUGGGGUAAGGUGAAGAGCCAUCCUUGGUGGCCUGGGCAAAUAUUUCAUCCAUCUGAUUCCUCUGAGAAGGCUAUGAAAUAUUAUCGAAAGGAUUGCUAUUUGGUGGCAUAUUUUGGAGAUCGGACAUUUGCGUGGAAUGAAGCAUCAGUGUUAAAGCCAUUCAGGAAUCAUUUCCCCCAGGCAGAGAGGCAAAACAAUUCAGAAGCAUUCCAAAAUGCAGUGAGUUGUGCUUUGGAAGAAGUUGCUAGAAGGGUGGAAUUGGGGCUAGCCUGUUCUUGUUUUUCUGAAGAAGCCUAUGACAAUAUCAGAUAUCAAAUAGUUGAAAACACUGGGAUAAGGGAAGGGUCAAGGAAAAGGGAGGGAGUAGAUAGAUCUACCGACUUGGAUUCUUUUCAACCUGAUAAACUCGCAGAGUAUGUAAGGAGACUUGCACUUUUUCCAACCAGUGGAGCUGACCGGCUUGAGCUUACGAUAGCAAAAUCACAGUUAUUAGCUUUUAAUCGACAGAAAGGUUGUGAUGCAUUACCCGAGUUCCAGUAUUGUGAAGGGUUGGUGGAGUACGAUAAUACACUUUUUGGGGAUCAGAAGAUGUCAAGUGAGAAUGAGCAUUCAGAUUUAGUGACCGAAGCAGAUGCCAAGAAAGGCCCUCAUAAACGUAAACACGAUUUGAAAGAUAUUGUGUACCAAAGGAGAAAAGAAAAAAGCAUGACAGAAUUAAUGGGUGAGUAUUACCUUGAUGGUGAAUUUGAUUCACAUGAGGAAGAUGAUAUAAAUUUGACUUCUCCAACUGCUGUGUUUGCUGGUGCAAAGCGAAAAGGUUCAGGUUUUCUCACAGAUGAUUCUAAAGCUCAGAAGAGCAUAAAAACUAUCUCUCUAGCUAAGGUUUCACAUACAGCAUCUCCAAAUCCGCAGCAAUCCUUUAAAGUUGGUGAAUGUAUUCGUAGAGUUGCAAGCCAGCUGACUGGAUCAGCUGCAAUCAUCAAAGGCUGCAGUGAAGGAAGCAACAAGCAUUCAGGAGAUGAUGCUGAUGAAGUAUCAGAAUCUCCUGAUGAUGCUUUAACUGAAAGCGUACCAACACCAUCAAAGGAGUCUUCUUUGGAUGAUAUGCUCUCACAGCUUCACUUAUGUGCUCGAGAUCCGAUGAAAGGAUACAGCUUCUUGGGUAACAUAAUCAGCUUUUUCUCUGAAUUUAGAAAUUUAGCCGUCACAACUCAGCGACAAAAGAUGCGCAAAGGGUCUGGCAGAAAACGAAAGUCUUCUGCUCCUGUUGUUGGGUCCCCAGAAACUUUUGAAUUUGAUGAUAGAAACGAUUCCUAUUGGCCCGACAUGGUUAUACAAGAUAGCGGUGAAGCUAAACCGGUGCGACGUGCUCGUAAGAAAAAGGAUGAACAGCUUGUCUCUGGUGAUCCUGAGAAGCCUCUUCGACAAAAUCGUAGGAAGUAUUCCAGGAAACAAUAUCAUCAUGACAAUCAUGAAUCAGCCCCUGAGAUGCCAACUAGGGAUGAGAAGAAGCUGGACCUGCCUACAGAGCUCAUGCUGAACUUUGGUGAGAUGAGUUCUGCUCUUUCAGAGGUGAAUUUGAACAAAAUGUUCAGGCGUUUUGGGCCUCUAAAGGAAUCUGAGACAGAAGUAGAUCCACAAAGCAGUCGUGCUAGAGUGGUUUUUAAGAAGCGUUCAGAUGCUGAAGUUGCUUAUAGUAGUGCUGCAAUGUUUAACAUUUUUGGGUCAACACUAGUCAAUUAUCAGCUUAACUAUACACCUGCUUCCUUCAGGAAUUCAUCCCUUACACUGACUGAUGCAAAAAAUGAUGCAACUUGAUGUCAUUUAAAACUUUGUUCCACCAGGAAGAGUUUCAGAACCAAACAUCGCUUUGUACCAGAAAGUUGAGAAACAAAUUGUAAAAUAAGCACUAUGCUUUAGGUGUUCCUGAUUGAGGAGGAGCAUCUCAUUUGACCUUGGAUGGAGUUCAACAGAAUUGAGUAAACUGUACUUGGGAGUUAUGAACCUAACAAGCAAUUCUGCGUGAAGAUGUCCAGAUGAGCGAGGCACCCAGUCAUGAACAUGAUAAUAGGAUAGAUUUGGUUGAGCUGAUGGUAACUGUUGUAUAGUAGUACUUUAUGUAACUUGAUCUUAUUUUCUCAUUCAAUCUAAAUUUGUCUUGAAGUUAAAUUACUCGCUCUUCUGAGGUUGAAGUGAAGGAGCAUCUUGAUAUUGACACAAAGAUAUUACGAAUGCAAAAUACAAUUACACA